AUGGCUUUGGACAAGGAGCUUAACAAGAGGGAACGGCUUCUACAAACCAUGGUCAAGCUAAAUCAGGCCGGCAUGGGACUGAGCCUCGAGAUGAUCGAGAAGCUCCGAGAAGAACGGAACAUGCUCCCACUCUACAGACGGAAGGCACAAGACCUCCAACAGCAGAUCGACGAGCGGGAAAAGGAUCAGAAAGCCAUGAGCCUUGCCCGCAUGGCCACUCCGGUGGCGUGA